AUGUCUUAUUUCCCGCUCAACCAGCCUGACGGCACCAAGUCGAACGCGUGGAACGGCAGCGAACCGGCCGAGUUCUCUAACACCAUCGAUGGUUCAACGCCGAAUAAGGCUCUCAUGCAGGACACCGUCUACGGGGGCUAUACGCCUUCGGACAACUCUGAUCCGGUGCAGGGAAACCCUCCUGCUCAGAAGCAGAGGGCUUGGAGUUCUAUGUUCUCCAGGACCAAUUCUGGCUUCAGCAUCACUACUCCCAAGAUCUCAUCACCGGCAUGGCAACACAAACUGAACGAGAAGCACCGCGGGAGAACGCCGUCCGACAAGGAUACGAUCCGUUAUUUCGAUCGCUCGCGCCAAACACGUCGGGUCUUUAUCGACUGCCUGUGCAUGUGGCUCGUCACCGCGGUCAUCUGUGGUGGUCUAGCCGGAACCAUUGCCGGGUUCUCCUCCAUCGACAUCAUCACGCAGAAACAGAAAUACGCGUACAACGCCCUUGUCACUGCCCUAUCCAUUCUACUUGGUCUGGCUUUUGCCGCUCAAUUCAAGCAGUACUGUGAGAUGAUGAGAUGGCGCUUCCUCGCCUCGUCUUAUCGCACCAUCAACGAUUUUGAGGAGGUACUUGGCUGCGACUCAUGGCGAUCUACAUUUCGCCUCAUCUUCAAGGGCUGGAGAAAAGGCAACUUCUACCCUGCCAAGUCACAGAUACUGGCACUCAUUUGGCUGUGCAUUUUCAUCUUGUUCAACGUUCUGACCGCUCUGAUUGGUCUUACCUACUCCAUCGAUGUGUCCGACAAUUGGGUGUGGCUGGAAGCCGGAAACGUAAGUGUGCUCGAUCUGUCGUACAUUUCCCAAAUGCCACAAGCGGAUCCAGCCAACUACGCCGUGCAAUGGCAAGAGAUGGCAGCAAAUCUCUACGGACAGCUUGGCCAGACUUUCCAGUUAAAAGAGUCAGACCCAUCCUUUGAUGAUGGUUACGAUGACAAGAUCAUCUUCACGUCCCACGAUGCGAAUUUCACAGAAUUCUGGUAUCGAUUCAUCGAUGCAUCACCGACAUCCGAUAAGCUGAUGGCCACCUCCAACCGGACUGUAUCAUCGACUGCCACGUGUGAGGAAUGGCGGAUCACAGCUGGUGGCAAUGCGGGAUUUUCUCCCGAGGAUCCGAACGAUCCUUAUGCUGUCUAUUUCAAUGACAGCAUGGGCAAUGCGCACUACCAGCAGAUCAUGGAUGUAUCUGCAGGUCUCACCACAUGGAUGACCAACAUUACCGGGAUCGGUCACUGCGGCCCGCGGUGUGCGAAGGUGCUAGCACUACAAAGUGGCAACAACAUCACAGAAGAGGAGGCAGCUGCAGAUGACGUGCCUUACGUCCCCACGCCUCGACUGUGGGCGUGCAACAACACCAUCAGUCAGGUAACCGGCUACAACGAGUCUGGGUUCGAUGACCCAGACCUUCUCAUGCUGCCCGACGCCCAAGCCUUGCUGAUCGGUGGAGCCAUCGGCUUUUCGGGUAUCAACACGGAGAACGACGAUCUGCAGUACCAGAUCAUCAACGGCGACCCGGAAAACUUCUUCAACAUGCCCGGAAACUUCACGGCGCAUGGGGUCGCCAUGUCACUGAUGCGCUUCUCCAUGAACACCGUCGCGGCCAUGGAUCGGCGCGGCGCUCCGCGUCUGAACACCACGGGGCCCACCGAGCCCAAGCAGGCGCAAACCAUCAACGUGAAGUGGUGGGGUGCGGGAGCCAUCCUGGCCGGCGUCCCCUUCGUGCAGUUCCUCAUGCUGCUCGGCGUCGUGUGGUUCAGCGGCAAAGCCAUCAUUCUCGAGCCCGGCUACCUCUCCGCCGCACAUCUGCUGUAUCCGAUCAUGCAAAAGGUCGGCCCGGACGGGAUAUUGAUGACUGCGGACGAGAUGGCCGAGAAGCUGGGCCCGGACGUCAAGAUCGCGUACGGCGUGCGGCCCGACGCCAACGAUCCGGGACACCAUGAAGUGGAUUUCGUGAGGGAUCUGGAUUGUGUGGAGGAGAGUGAGGGGUUUGGCUAUAUCCGUGGGAAGAUGCCGGAAGGGCGGUACGACUGA